CACAUGCCAUCCUUUUAUUGGACAGCUCAAUCUGCCCCUCUCUUCUGCCGUUCGACAAAGUAUCGACCUACUGCGUCGGCCAUCGCGCCACUGACCUUCGUCGUCCGAUCACUCGUCUCCCUCGCCAUCUCGGUACAAGCUUAGCUUUAAUCUAGCAGGUUGGAAGAUUUUUUUGAUAGAGCGAAGGGGUACGAUGGUACUUGGAUAUUCUCAUUACAUUAUGGCUAGAAUCCCGCAGGGAGAGGACCCGACCGCGUUCGGCUCCCGGCAGUCUCUGCUCGUUUCCUGCUAUCCGAGUUCUGAGACGAGUGAGAUUUCAAAUGUCUCAACAUGUAGUAACCUGACAUCACUGCUGCUCUGGGUGGUCAUGAUUGUUCUGGUUCAUUACAUAAAAGAUAUAAGUCGAGAGAUUCAAGUUUUUCAUCCAUUUAGUCUUAUUGGAUUAGAGCCUGGAGCCCCGGAGUCUGAAAUAAAAAAAAAAAAAAAAAAAGGUAUAAGACGCUUUCUAUACAGUAUCACCCAGAUAAAAAUCCAGACCCAGGUUGAAGGUGUUUCAGUUGUAUAAUAUAUGUUUCUUCUUGUUUCAGACUUUAAUGUUAGACAACUUUUUGUAAUUAUUACUCCUGAUAUUUGUACUAUACUCCUUUUAUUUCAAAGGCCCACGAGUACUUUGUAGA